GCUGCGCCUUCGCCGCCGCCUCCUCCUGCUCCUCCUCGGCCGUCCCUUCCCCUUUCCACCCGCUUUCAACCCGGGCCGAUGCGCGGGCGCUUUCAGUUCGGGUUGCUCUGCUCCUUCCGACGGCGGCGAGGCGGCAGGCGUGGCGCGCCUCGGCGAUGGUGUGAAGCGCAGCCCCGAAGCAGCGGCGGCGAUGGCAACGGCGAGGCGCGUCUUCCACCUCCAGCCAUGCGAAAGUCCACCGGCAGCGAUGUCCAGGAACGGCUACUUCUUCGAAGAAACAGGCUACCUUAAGUGUGAUACGGACGAUGGCUGUGAGAACAAAGAAGAAGUCGGGGGCGAAGAACUUUUUGACACCGUAAAUUCCUCGAUCGUCUCCGGGGACAGCAUCAGGUUCUUUGUGAAUGUCAACUUGGAUGUACAGCAGAAUGUUACAGAAAGCGAAGGUGCUGGGUGCGUUUUAUUACACACAUCAAGAAAAUACCUAAAGUUAAAGAAUUUCGAGGAAGAAGUCCGAGCUCACCGCGACCUCGACGGGUUCCUGGCCAGAGCCAGCAUCAUCCUGGACGAGACGGCAACCUCCCUGGACGACGUCCUGCGGGAGAUGCUGAAACACUUUGCGGAGGACUCUGACAACGCGGAGCCCAGCUGCAACUUUGAAAAAAUCAUGAGCACUUUAUUCACCGAUUCGGGGGCCCCCAGAGAAGGGAAUGUUCACCUCUUGUCAGAUACAAUUCAGGGCGUCACAGCGACAGUCACUGGGGUACAGUAUCAACAAUCAUGGCUUUGUAUCAUUUGCACUAUAAAAUCCCUUCAGCGUCGCCAUGUUUGCAUCAGCCGCCUCGAAAGGCCUCAGAACUGGGGGGAGAACUCCUGCGAAGUGCGAUUCGUCAUUCUGGUCCUUGCUCCUCCGAAAAUGAAAAGUACCAAAACUGCAACUGAAGUGGGCCGGACGUUUGCCACAAUGUUCUCAGAUAUAACCUUCCGGCAGAAGCUUCUAGAAACGAAAACGGAGGAAGAGUUCAAGGAGGCUUUGGUUCACCAACGUCAUCUGCUGACUGUCGUGAACCAGAGGCCAUCGGCAAUGGCUGACGGGCACAUGGUACACAACCACAAGCCCCUCAAGCUCCACGAGUUCUUCAACGUUGGCAAGGGAAUUUUUGAUGACAUCGCACGAAGGUUUCCAGUGUAUGCUCUGGACUUUACUGACGGCAUCAUUGGCAACAACAAAGCCAUAGGCAAAUACAUCACCACCAUGAUCUUUCUGUACUUCGCCUGCCUCCUGCCUUCCAUCGCUUUUGGCUCCCUCAAUGACGAAAACACGGACGGGGUCAUUGAUGUGCAGAAAACCAUCGUUGGCCAGUGCAUUGGUGGCCUGCUCUAUGCGCUGUUCUCAGGCCAGCCGCUUGUGGUGCUGUUGACGACAGCUCCUUUAGCGCUCUACAUCAACGUGAUCAAAGGGAUCUGCACUGACUACAACUUGGAAUUCCGCGCUUUCUACGCCUGGGUGGGACUCUGGAACAGUUUCUUCCUCAUGCUCUACUCCCUUUUCAAUUUCAGUCUUGUAAUGAAGCUCUUUAAAAGGUCGACGGAAGAAAUCAUUGCACUUUUUAUCUCCAUCACAUUUGUCCUUGAUGCUCUCAAGGGCAUAACAAAAGUUUUUACAAAGUACUACCAUUUCCCGAGAGUGCACAGCACACCGAUUGAUAACACCACCUUCUUCUUGAACAUGUCAGCUGAGCGCUCGGCGCUGGGGAACCAGACGGACGCCCCGCCUGCCGCUACGCCGUAUGGGCGAGAGACGGCCGUUCUUAGUCUGAUGCUGAUGCUGGGAACCCUCUGGCUCGGCCACACGCUGUAUCAGUUCAAGAAAAGCCCUUAUUUGCACGCCAGAGUCCGCGAAAUCCUGUCCGACUGUGCCUUGCCCAUUUCUGUCCUAACCUUUUCCGCCGUUGGGUCAUAUUUCUUCAAGGAAAUAACAAUGUCGAAGUUUAAUUACAACCCAUCGGAGAGCUUGUUCGUGUUGGCCCCCCUCCUAGACCUCUCCAUUGGCUCCGUUAUGAGCGCGAUGGGCCUGGGGUUCCUGCUCUCCAUGCUUUUCUUCAUUGAGCAAAAUAUAGUGGCAUCACUCACAAACGCCCCGGAAAACAGGUUAGUGAAGGGAACAGCUUAUCACUGGGACCUCCUCCUCGUGGCUCUGAUCAACACAGGGCUCUCCAUCUUUGCGCUGCCGUGGAUCCACGCGGCGUUUCCCCACUCGCCGAUGCACGUCCGAGCCCUGGCCUACGUGGAGGAGAGAGUGGAGAACGGGCACAUCUACGAAACGAUUGUGAGUGUGAAGGAGACCCGGCUGACCACCCUGGUAGCCAACUUCUUGGUGGGCCUCUCGCUGCUGCUCCUGCCUUUCCCGCUGCAGCUGAUCCCGAAGCCCGUCCUCUACGGCCUGUUCCUCUACAUCGCCCUGACCUCCAUCGACGGGAACCAGCUCUUUGAGAGGGUCGCCCUCCUGCUGAAAGAGCAGACGGCCUACCCUCCGACGCAUUACAUCCGCCGGGUGCCCCAGAGAAAGAUCCACUACUUCACGGGUCUGCAGGUCCUCCAGCUCCUCAUCCUUUGUGGAUUUGGGAUGUCUCCCCUGCCCUACAUGAAGAUGAUCUUCCCCCUCAUCAUGAUCGGAAUGGUCCCUAUCAGGUAUAACUUGCUUCCAAGGAUCAUUGAAGCGAAAUACUUAGACGCAAUGGAUGCUGAGCACUAGGGGAGGAAGCAGCCUUCUUUCCCUUGCAUCAGCCAGCAGGCUUCUCUCUUUUUCAAACGGAAAGGAAGCUGGCGUCUGGCUGGGCGACACGUCGGAAGUUUGGUUUGGUUCCCCGAACCUCUCGUGACUUGAUUUUUGUACUCCUGCACAACUGACUACCCAAAGGCAUGUUGCUAGAGACCAACCAAGUGCCCAGAUUUCAGGG